AGCUUUCCUCCCGGCGCAGAGGCCCUCCCUGUCUCACCAAGGCCCUCGCCCGCUGGUCCGCCAGGCCCCGCCUUUUUUGCGGCCCCCAUUGUGCUGCUGGACCCGACGAGCAGGGUUGACAGUAAACCCCACGUAGACGCGGCCCCGGUACCGGGGGUUCAGGCAGUAGAGCAGGUAGACGCCGAAGAAGCGCCCUGGCCUCGCGGUGACCCCCGCGGGACCCAUCGGGCCUUGUGGUUCGGGAACCGCAGCAGGGGGUUGAUUGCCGUGACCUAGGGUCCAGGGGAGGGGUGGAUCGCUAGGGUUGCAGGGUGCUUGCUUCGGAACAAGCUCUCGGGGACUAUCCGGGGGCAGCCUGGAGGCCGCCGUAGCGCGGGUACGUGCCCCUCUCCUAUCUGGAGGCGGGUGUAGAAGUCCGACAGCGGAAGCCAGACUGCUGUCCUGUCGGCGAGUGCCUACCAUUCAGCAUUGGCUCCGCCCGAGUCCCACCUUCCUCAGACUGUGACUGGCUGACAGAUGGCAAGCGCGAAAAGCCCGGACCGUUGGAAAGCCCGGCUGCUUGAGGGCGGAAGUGCUGCGUUGACGUACGCCUUAGUAAGGGCGGAAGUGAGUUUCCCAGCGGAAGUGGCUCCUGUAAGGCUGCAAGGCAGCGUGGCCGGCGUCGGAGCAGGGGUUGUGUCCCCGCUGGGCUGCCGUCCCAGCUGGACUACCGCCAUGGAACUCAGCGCCGAAUACCUCCGGGAGAAGCUGCAACGGGACCUGGAGGCGGAGCAUGUGGAGGUGGAGGACACGACCCUCAACCGUUGCGCCUGUAGCUUCCGAGUCCUGGUAGUGUCGGCCAAGUUCGAGGGGAAACCGCUGCUUCAGAGACACAGGCUGGUAAACGCGUGCCUAGCAGAAGAACUCCCGCACAUCCAUGCCUUUGAACAGAAAACCCUGACCCCAGAGCAGUGGGCACGUGAGCGACAGAAAUGAGGGACUGGGAUCUGCACAGCCAUUAAAUUAUAAAUCUGGACCA